UCACCACCCACUUCAUCUCUCUCUCUUCUCAAUUCUUCUCUCAUUUACACUCUGAGUUUUCAAAUCUUGAAGGAUAAAGAGAGUAAAAUGACUAAAAAAAUCUCAGUAGGAUUGCAGCUUGUGACGACAAGAGACUCAAAGGAAAAACUCAACAACAUAGUCAUCAAAUCCUCACUUAUUAGACUAAACCGAUCCAAUCCAAACAUCUCGGAGCUUUGUUUCCUCAAAACUUGUCAUCUCUGCAUGAAACAGCUCCCUCUAGACAAAGAUGUUUACAUGUACAGAGGAGAUUUGGGAUUUUGUAGCAGAGAGUGCAGAGAAAGUCAGAUUUUGAUUGAUGACAGAAAAGAUUUAGAGGCUUCGACGAAGAUGAUGCUGGCUUCUUACAGAAGAUGUAACUCCGGCGCCGGAAAAAACGAAUCUGGGAAUCUGUUUGAUGAUCUCCGGCGACGACCCCAAUUAUUUAUUGUUCCUUGAGGCUGGAGGCUUUUAUAUGAAUCAGUCACUAAUUAUAGCUUCUUCUUCUUCUUCUUUUUUUUUGGUUAUUAGUAAAAAUGAAAGAGAGAUCUGUUAAUUGAUUUGUAUCUCCGUUGUCAUUUAAUAAAAUGGUAAAUGAUAAUUGGAUUA